CGAUACACACGGCAACUGUUUGUUUGCGGAAGCCAUGCGAGCCGUCCUAGUCUUCGUUGGGAUCCUUCGGCUUGCUGCGGCUGAGCCGGGUUCUUGCAGUGCUGAUGGCUGUCAGGAUUUGGCUGCGAAGAAGCCCAGGGGCCGGGGAGGAGCCUUUAUCCAGGCAAAGGUGCACAAGGCGAAAGUGCUGCACCAUGCAGAGCCAGAUGUCAAGGUGGUGUCGUACAACCUGUACUGGUGGCAUGUGAAGAAGCACGACGACUGGGCGGGCAUUCAGCAGAGACUGAAAGAGCAGUGGCCUUUUGACCUCAUCGGAUUUCAGGAAUGCGAGGACGUGGCCUCGAUGGUGGCCAAGUCUGGGAUGCAGGGCAUGGAUUUCUAUCAGGGGCCGAACAAGCCGGACUACAACCCUGCACCGAUCGCCUGGCGCAAGGGCCUCUUUCAGGUCCUCGGACACCCAGGCUUCGAGGAAAUCGGCUCAGAUAUCUGGGGCAUCCGCAUUUUGACCUACGUGCGGCUGCAACUUCUGCAGUCCAAACGCACGGUCCUCUUCGCAAACACCCACGGGCCGCUGGGCGACUGCGAGGAGGACCAGGGCAAGGCUUGGGUGAAGGCGUUGGAGGGGAAGCGGCAGAGGGGCGACGCGGUCUUUCUGACCGGGGACUUCAACUGCCGAGAAGAGACGCCCGCCAUGCGGCUCCUCACAGGCUACCUGGCCAACGGUAUCAAGGACGUCAUCGAUCACGUCCUGACAGAUACCACGGUCAGGGCCCAUGAAGGUGGCAGAGUGGAAGGCUAUCCUUCGGACCAUCCGCUGGUUUGGGGCUCCUUCUUUCUUUAGGAUGGGGCCAGAACAGUGCACUUGGUUUACGUGCCGAGGGGUGAAGAUUCCCUGCGCUUCCUGUUCUGAAAUUCCAACCUUUCCGGCCGAUGGGCCCAAGGGGUUCAUCGAUGGAAUUCGCCGGCGUGCAGCGCUUACAGAAGAGCUGCAGAUCGCUAGCUGGUCGAUGUGUGGCUGUAGAUGCU